AUGCGUCCAAUCCUUUACUUGAACUUUGUAGCGGCGGCUCUCGCAGCUGAGCCGUGGCUAAACGAGCCCGACACGGGACUCGAGGAUUAUUUGUACAGCACCAAUUACACAGAUGGUUCCCUGCCGCUCUUGAAGGACAUCCGUGCUGUUCCCGACUUUGACUGGGCAGCUGAACAUCAUCUCGGCCUCCAGCAAUACUCGUUCUACCGCACCGCAGCAGCCGGCGAGUGGAGCUACCGGAACAACCUGGACGUUUGGUCCAAGGUCAAGUUCAGAACUCGCAUGUUGACCGAUGUCUCCAAAGUGAGCGAGACCCUGCCUACCUCGAUCCUAGGUUACAACUUCAGCGCCCCCAUCUUCAUUGCUCCCGCCGCGCGAGCAGUGUACGGCAACGAGAGAGCGGAGCUCAACUUUGUCGACGCGUCGGCAAACGAGAACAUUCUUUAUACCGCCGCUCUGUAUGCAUCCAAGACCAUCGAGGAGAUCGGUGCUCAGAAGCAAACACACAACGGUACCCUAAACGGACCUCAGGUCACCUUCCAGCAGAUUUACUCAAAUGCCAACCUAUCAGUCACCUGGGACGCCAUCGCCCGAGCAGAGAAGUUCGGAGCCAAAGCCCUCGUCUGGACCAUCGACGCACCGGCGACCUCGACCCGCCACCGCGCAGCUCGUUAUGACACCACGAACGCCAACGCGGUGACCUCGCCCCUUACCUGGGAUCUCUACGACCAGAUCCGUAACCGGACAUCCCUGCCCGUUAUCCCCAAGGGAAUCAGCACGUACGAGGACGCGCUCAUCGCGGUGGAGAAGGGGGCGCCGGCCAUCUACAUCUCGAACCACGGGGGUAGGCAGCUGGACCACUCGCCCUCCCCGCUCGAGAUCGCGUACGAGAUCUACCGCAACGCCCCGCAGGUCUUCGACCAGGUCGAGGUCAUGGCCGACAGCGGCGUGCGGUACGGAAGCGACGUGAUCAAGCUGCUGGCCCUCGGUGUCAAGAUGGUCGGUCUGGGUCGCUCGUUCAUGUAUGCCAACUGCUACGGCUUGGAGGGGGUCACCAAGCUCAUCCAGAUCCUGAAGACUGAGAUCGCAGCCGAUGCAGCGCAAGCUGGGGUAGCUGAUCUGAGAAAUGUUAGCCGCAACCUGAUAUGA